UUCUUCACCCUACUCUUUGCGCACAGAGGGAAUAGAAGAAAAGCGCCUCCGCCCUGGCUCUGUACGCAGUAGAAAACCCUGCUUUAUGCUCACAGAGAGGAGCUACUACUCCGCCCAAAUCGUUACUUCGUCGGCUUUCUUCACCAAAAUUUCAGAUCCAGGUUCUUCCCAACUUUGGCUUGGUGGUGAUUCAUAAGAUAAUCAUUGUCAAUUGGUGUAAUUUCGGUCUUAUCUAGAGAUGAAAAUACUGCAAGCAAAUGCUGGAGUGCUUACAAAUUUUGAAGUACUUGAUUUUCUACAAAAAAGAGGAGCAUCACAGGAUCCUACACGAGUUUUAUGCCCCGUAACUGCAUCUGAGUUCAAGGUUUAUGAUUAUUUGGUUCAAAGUGCGGCAUGCAAUCAAACAAGGGAAUGCAUUUAUGAGUUCUUGAAAGGGUGUGAAGAGUAUGAUCUUGCAAAGGCUGAAAAGCUCAAUAUCAUCAACAUUCGGCCAUCAUCUGUGGUUGAAAUUGACCCGAUAAUUGAGGAGUGUGAGAAACGUAUGGAAGGUGAAACUGUGGAGAAGUUGGUGGAGAUGACUGUUCAGGUAUUACCACAGCCUUCAAAUUAGAUGAAGCCUGAAGAAUGGGAAGAAUGAAGACUUGAGAAAUUUCAGAAAAGCAACGAAUUUGGGAAGAUAAAGAAUCCAAUUGCAGAUAUGUUACCUUAGAAAGUAUUCGAAAAAUUGUAAAGAUUACAAUGUGUUGAACGACUUAACCCUCCUCUCUUGCAUGUGAAUAAAAGCUCAAUGUGAUGUUAACUGCAGAACUGGUUAUGCUAGUGGAAAAUUUGUAUGCCUCAAAUUGUCUCCACAUUAUAAUAUGAAGUGGAAGGACAUGGUGUUGAGGGUGUUUAUUUA